AUGGCCUCCUCGUCCACCUCCCUCCUUCACCCUCCGAGGCUCGCCUCCAUGUUCGUGGGCUCUCCGAGUGCACCGGGAACGCCAGUCCAUUCCAUCCAGUCAAUGCGUCGAAAGUCCGCAGGCCACUCAGGCCCCCUCACCAAGAUCCUCGUGGCCAACCGCGGCGAAAUUGCCAUACGCGUUUUCCGUACGGCCCACGAGCUCGCGAUGCACACCGUAGCCAUUUUCUCCUUCGAGGAUCGUCUCUCGGCCCACCGCCAAAAGGCGGACGAAGCUUACCAGGUUGGCAAAGGUCUGACUCCCGUCGGUGCCUACCUAGCCCAAGAUGACAUCAUUAGGAUCGCCCUCGAGCACGGCGUCGAUAUGAUUCACCCCGGAUAUGGCUUCCUCGCCGAGAACGCUCAUUUCGCGCGCAAGGUCGAGAUGGCCGGCUUGGCCUUCGUUGGCCCCUCUCCAGAGGUCAUCGACCAGCUGGGUGAUAAGACCAAGGCGCGCACAAUCGCCAUCAAUAUUGGCGUCCCAGUCGUGCCUGGUACCCCAGGCCCCGUCGCGUCCUACACCGAGGGGGAUGCCUUCAUCAAGGAGUACGGCUUCCCCGUGAUCAUCAAGGCCGCAAUGGGCGGCGGUGGCCGCGGCAUGCGUGUCGUGCGUGAGCAGUCCGACUUCAAGGACUCGUUCGAGCGCGCGGUGAGCGAGGCCAAGUCCGCGUUCGGUGAUGGCACGGUGUUCAUCGAGCGCUUCCUCGAGCGCCCGCGGCACAUCGAGGUGCAACUCCUCGCAGACGCGCAGGGAAACACGAUUCACCUCUUCGAGCGUGACUGCUCUGUGCAGCGCCGCCACCAGAAAGUCGUCGAGGUCGCGCCCGCGACGCAUCUCCCAGAGGAGGUCCGCCGCGCAAUCCUCGCGGACGCAAUCAAGCUCGCGAAGAGCGUCGGGUACCGCAACGCGGGCACGGCCGAGUUCUUGGUCGACCAGAUGGGCAGGCAUUAUUUCAUCGAAAUCAACCCGCGCAUCCAGGUUGAGCAUACAAUCACCGAGGAGAUUACGGGCAUCGACAUCGUCGCUGCCCAGAUCCAGAUCGCGGCGGGCGCGACGCUCCCCCAGCUCGGUCUAACCCAGGAGGCCAUCACCAAGCGCGGCUUCGCCAUCCAGUGCCGAGUCACCACCGAGGACGCGGCCCAAAACUUCCAGCCCGAUACAGGCAAGAUUGAAGUGUACCGCAGCUCAGGCGGAAACGGCGUGCGCCUCGACGCCAGCUCCGGCUUCGCGGGUGCUCAGAUCACGCCUCACUAUGACAGCUUGCUGGUGAAGGUCACCGUCAGCGGUACGACGUAUGAAGUCGCGCGCAGGAAGAUGCUGCGGGCCCUCGUCGAGUUCCGCAUCCGUGGUGUAAAGACGAACAUCCCCUUCCUGUUCCGCCUCUUGACACACGACGUGUUCAUCGGCGGGAAGACGUGGACAACAUUCAUCGACGACACACCCGAGCUCUUCAAGCUCGUGCAGAGCCAGAACCGUGCACAGAAACUCCUCGCGUACCUCGGUGAUCUCACCGUGAACGGAAGCUCGAUCAAGGGUCAGCAGGGCGAGCCGGGGUUGAGGGAUGAGAUCGUCGUCCCGCCAUUCCAGGGGCGCGAGGACCCCGACGGGCCGCCACUGGAUGCAUCGCUCCCGUGUGAGACGGGAUGGCGCAACAUCAUCGUCGAGCACGGACCGGAGGCGUUCGCCAAGGCAGUGCGCGAGUAUCAAGGCGUGCUCAUCAUGGACACGACGUGGCGCGACGCGCACCAGUCGCUACUCGCUACACGCCUGCGCACGAUCGACUUGGUCAACAUCGCGAAGGAGACGAGCUGGGCGCUCGCAAACGCGUACAGUCUCGAGUGCUGGGGUGGUGCGACAUUCGAUGUUGCGAUGCGCUUCCUAUACGAGGACCCUUGGGAGCGGCUGCGCACUUUGCGGAAGCUUGUGCCGAACAUUCCUCUCCAGGCUCUGGUCCGUGGGGCAAACGGUGUUGGAUACACGAGCUAUCCCGACAACGCGAUCUACGAUUUCUCCAAGAAGGCGGUGGAGAAUGGUCUUGAUAUCUUCCGGGUGUUCGACUCGCUGAACUACAUUGAGAACAUGAAACUGGGUAUUGACGCGGCCAAGAAGGCAGGCGGCGUCGUCGAAGCUAGCGUUUGCUACAGCGGAGAUGUGGCCGACCCGAAGAACACGAAGUACUCUCUGCAGUACUACCUCAACUUCGUCGACGAGCUUGUCGCAGAGGGCAUCCAUGUUCUCGCCAUUAAGGACAUGGCGGGCCUGUUGAAGCCGCAGGCAGCCACCAUCCUCGUCGGUGCCAUCAGGAAGAAGUACCCCGACCUCCCGAUUCACGUCCACUCGCACGACACCGCGGGCAUCUCAACUGCCAGCAUGUUGGCAGCGGCAGCGGCUGGUGCGGAUAUAGUCGACGUCGCCAUCGACAGCAUGUCCGGCCUGACUUCUCAGCCGCCUAUGGGUGCCGUGUGCUCUGCCCUCGAGCAGACCGGAUUGGGCACGGGCAUCCGCUAUGCUGACAUCCAGGCAUUGAACCUGUACUGGAGCCAGGUGCGCAUGCUGUACGGGUGCUUCGAGGCGAACGUGCGUGCGUCGGAUUCGAGCGUGUUCGCGCACGAGAUGCCUGGAGGACAGUACACGAACUUGAUGUUCCAAGCUGCUCAGCUUGGCCUGGGUACGCAAUGGACCGAAAUCAAGCAGAAGUACAUUGAGGCGAACGAGCUCUGCGGCAACAUCAUCAAGGUUACGCCGUCGUCUAAAGUUGUCGGUGACUUCGCGCAGUGGAUGACCUCCAACGGUUUCUCCAAGAAAGAUGUUCUCGAGCGUGCUGACCAGCUCGAUUUCCCAUCGUCUGUCGUCGAAUUCUUCCAAGGUUACCUGGGGCAGCCCGUCGGAGGGUUUCCUGAACCCCUUCGCACCAAGAUCAUCCGGAACAAGCCCAGGAUUGACGGCCGUCCUGGUGCGACCAUGGCCCCACUCAACUUCAAGAAGAUCAAGGCUGAGCUCCGCAGUAAGUUCGGCAAGCACAUCACGGACUCCGACGUCACGUCAUAUGUCAUGUAUCCCAAGGUCUUCGAGGAGUAUCAAGGAUUCGUCGAGAAAUACGGUGAUCUCAGUGUGAUUCCCACGCGUUACUUCCUUGGACGGCCUGGGAUUGGAGAGGAGAUGCACAUUUCCAUCGAGAAGGGUAAGACUCUCAUCAUCCGUAUUAUGGCCAUCGGCCCCCUCGUCGAAGGUCAAGCACAGCGUGACGUCUGGUUCGAAGUGAAUGGCGAGGUCCGUGCAGUGUCUGUGGAGGACAAUAACUCCGCGGUGGAGACCGUGUCACGCGAAAAGGCGACGUCAGAUCCUGGAUCUGUCGGAGCGCCGAUGUCAGGUGUCGUUGUCGAGGUGAGAGUGAAGGAGGGUGCAGAGAUCAAGAAGGGUGACCCCGUCUGCGUGAUGAGCGCCAUGAAGAUGGAAUCUGCUGUGACAGCUCCUGUCUCCGGGCACAUCAAGCGUGUUACCGUUCACGAAGGGGACUCGAUCAACCAGGGUGACCUGGUGGUGGAAAUUGUGCAUUAA